CCUUCCUAUUCUUCCAAAAAUCUCAUAUUUUUCGUUAUGGAUUCAGAAAAAUUGGGCAGUAGUUCGGAGAGUUCGAGCGGAGAACAAUCCGAUCGAGUAAACGAAGACGAUUCAGAUUCGUUCGGGGUUAAACGUUCAUAUGGGUGCAUAUUUUGCAAGCGUGGGUUCACCAACGCUCAAGCUCUUGGAGGGCAUAUGAAUAUCCAUAGAAAAGAUCGAGCCAAUAAAGCUAAGCAAAUCGCGUCUUUUUGUGUUCCAAGCAAGCAAAUUGAGCCAUCCACGUUCGUGAAUACGCCUAAUUUUGAGCCACUUUUAGUUGGGUCUAAGGUGAGUUAUGCACCAUCAGGUUCGAACCCAGAUGGGUACUUCCAAGAACUUGGCGACUUGAAUAUGAACUAUUGGGGGAAUGAUUUGAGCCUAAGAAUUGAACCAAGUAAGGGGAGGAGAGGGGUUUGGAGUGGCGAGGGUUUGGAUUUGGAGCUUCGACUUGGCCAUUAUCCCUAGAUCUCUAUAUUUCACUUCGUUUAGUACACUAAUUAUGCUCUUAGGGUAAUCAUUUUCUUUACUCUUUAUGAAUACAAGGCUUUUAUAUCUAUUUUGUUCUUGUUAUUUCUUGAGCAAUUAGGGUAUUGAAGCUCCCAUAACAUUGGAUUGAUCAUGUUUUAGUUGAGCAAAAGAUUAUGACAUAUAGAUUAUCUUUCAAUUCC